CAACACUGGCCCCAAGUUCACAACAAUGAAUGCAUUAUAUAACUCAAAUACCCCUUGGCCCUUACCCCCAGCGACAGGCUACUCUGGGUCCAGAUUCACUAACGCUGCUGAGACACGAAGGUGAGACAGCACAUCACCAGCGGCAGGACUGAAGACUUACCAUGAAGGUGAAUAAGACCCUCUUGCCUAUAAAGGUCCAUUUCUUCAUGUCCUGGGCCUGCUACUCCUCCGUGUUGCCCUUCAUGAUGGUGGUCGCCCGCCAGCUGGGUGUCCCCGUAGGCACCCAAGGUGUCAUUAAUGCCUUAAUCAUCACCACUGCCUUGUUCGCUAAGCCCCUCAUCUCUGCCACCGCUGACCGUUUCCCGGCACUCAGGAAAUCCAUCUUCUUGGGCCUGUUGACUGCCAUGGUGCUGGCGAUCGGUCCUUUAGGGUUCCUGCCUCCGCUCUACGAUCCUCCAGUCCUGAGAGGAUAUGUAGAGGGCACGAAGACAGAUGUUGAGCGGUUCAUUACCAAGGAAUCAGACAGGUGUUACGUGACAGAAGCUUGGGACUGCGUAGUCACCUGCAUCCCUUCACACACGUGUCCUCUUGGAUCUCUCCCAGUGAAUGAACUCAGGAUUUCCCAUAUCCACUCACAGGAUGCCCCAAACCUUCACCACCUCCAGGAGACAUCCUACACCUCUGGGAUUAAAAAUAUGACAAUUAAACAUAAUGUAAAUGAUCUCACAAGAUCACAUCUCCAACCUGGGAUGCUAGACGCUCCAGGUAAAGACGAGAUACUGGGAGCUUUUUAUUCUCCUGAUAAUGUAACAAGGGAACAUAAAUUUGGUGAGCUUUCAAAGCCACCUAGAGUGACAGAUGUCCCAAGGAGAGAAGACCAAGUGAGGGUUACCAACAUCCAGCAGAAGACCCCAAGGGGAAGGGUAAGAGAAGGAGGUCAUGUGUAUCUUAUAGAAGGUCUUCAGGCAGAUGCCGACAUCUUCAAUAUAAGCCUACACUGUGGUGGUGGUGAGUGGUCAGGAUCGGAGUGUGUGGCACCCUGGAUGUUGGGUCAUUUCUGGCUCUAUGUGGUACUUCUGCUGGUGGGUCAGGUCGCUUCCUUAACUGCAGAGUCUAUCUCGGAUGCCAUCUGCUGUGACAUCAUCGGUGAGGGAGGGGACUACGGGAGUCAGAGAGCCUGGGGUGCCCUCAGCUACGGCGUGCUGGGGGUAGUAAGCGGCCUGCUGGUGGACUGGUGGUCAGGGACAUCAAUCACCAAGAACUACUCUCCGGCCUUCCUCCUGAUGGUGGGCUUUGGGACCAUAGAUAUCCUCCUGUGUACUACCUAUCUCAAGGUACCCAAGUUAAUGGAUGGUACGCAGGUUUGGACACAGCUACGACCUCUCCUCCGCCAGCCACACAUCUUCAUCUUCCUCGUCCUCGCCUUCCUUAUUGGCUUCUACGACGGCCUUGAUGUAGGAUACGUCUUCGUCUUGCAGGAGGACAUAGCAAAGGGGUCGUCUGUGAUGCAACACAUUAAGUUACUACAAGGACUCACCAUGUUGAUUCAGGCUAUCUCCUCCUUCCCCUUCAUGCUCCUCUGUGACUGGUUCGUGAAGAAAAUGGGUUCCCAGGGAGUGAUGGCGUUGGUACUCUUCCUAUAUGCCAUAAGACUGCUGGGGUUGGCACUGGUAAGUAUGCUGGGGUUGGUCUGGACCACGGUGGCCAUCGAGGUGAUCAACGGGCCAUGUUUUGGUUUGGGGUUCACGGCCAUGAUCGUACACGCGGCCAGCAUUACGCCUCCAGGAACCACUAACACCGUCCAGAGCGUCGUCAGCCUCUGCUACGGCACUUUGGGGUACGCCGGGGCCAGCUUCCUUGGAGGGUUAGUGUACGAGAGUGUUGGGGCAUCGAUGCUCUACUUCUACACAGGUGUACUGGCCUCCUUCACCUUUUUCCUUCAUCUGCUGUACCUCAAGUUCUUCCCAAACCCUCAAGGCACAAAAACAACAGAGGUGGAACUGCAAGAAGUAACUGAGAAAGAUAUUCUGCCUUUAAAUAAGACAACAAACAGUAAUAAACGAGAAGAGGAGGAAGAGAAGAGAAAUGAUAAACAAGACGAGAGAAGGGUUGAAGAGGAGAGACUUUUAACAGUGAAGAGCUGGAGAGGAGAGGAGAGAGGAUGCAAGGAGGAAGAUGAUAAGCUAUUCAAAAAAAGUCCGAAUGGGAAUUAAUGAUGAUUAUGGAAAUAGAGGAACAGAGUGAAAUAGGAAAGGAAUUCUUGAGGAUUAUGGAAAAAAAUGUUGACAACACUCUGUACGGUGGUGCUGGUCCCUGGGGGCGACACCUUGGCUGAGUACACCACAAUGGCCGUGUACCCUAGACCAUAACAAGGUCCAUUUAAGAUCUCCACCAAGAGCGUAGCCCAGACGGGA